GGGGUGUUGUGUCCUUGCGCGGCUGCCGUAGCGGCCGGCGGGGCAGGGUGGCGGUGGCCGCGGCGACAUGGGCUAGUCUGGGGGUGGCCUCGCUGGCCUUGGCGGCGGGCGGGGCGAGGCCAGGGGCGGUGGCGAGGGACAGCGGCGAGGGACAGCUCCGGCCGGCGGCGGCGAUGAGCCAUGGCCUCCGUGAAGGUGGCCGUGCGAGUGCGGCCGAUGAAUCGCAGGGAGAAAGACCUUAAUGCAAAGUUUAUUAUUUCAAUGGAAAAAAAUGAAACAACAAUCACAAACUUAAAGAUCCCAGAGGGUGCUACUGGAGACACGGGACGAGAAAGAACAAAGACAUUUACCUAUGAUUUUUCCUAUUUCUCAGCAGACAGUAAAAGUCCCAGCUUUGUUUGUCAAGAAAUGGUUUUCAARAAUCUUGGUACAGAUGUGCUUAAAUCUGCUUUUGAAGGUUAUAACGCCUGUGUUUUUGCAUAUGGACAGACAGGAUCUGGCAAGUCCUACACCAUGAUGGGAAAUGCGGGUGAUGCAGGUUUGAUACCUCGAAUUUGUGAAGGAUUAUUCAGCAAAAUAAGUGAAAAAACGAAGCGGAAUGAGGCAUCCUUUCGAACAGAAGUCAGUUAUUUGGAAAUUUAUAAUGAACGUGUUAGAGAUCUUCUCAGACGGAAAUCAUCAAAAACUAAUAAUUUACGAAUACGGGAACAUCCAAAAGAAGGGCCAUAUGUUGAGGACUUGUCUAAACAUUUAGUCCAAAAUUAURCUGAUGUUGAGGAACUUAUGGAUGCAGGAAAUAUAAAUAGGACGACGGCUGCAACUGGAAUGAAUGAUGUCAGUAGCAGGUCACAUGCCAUUUUCACAAUCAACUUCACUCAGGCUAAAUUCGAUUCUGAAAUGCCUUGUGAAACUGUUAGCAAGAUUCAUUUGGUAGAUCUUGCUGGAAGUGAGAGAGCAGAUGCCACUGGUGCCACAGGGGUUAGAUUAAAGGAAGGAGGGAAUAUUAACAAAUCUCUAGUUACUUUGGGAAAYGUAAUUUCUGCCUUAGCUGAUUUAUCUCAGGAUGUGACAAAUCCUCAUUCAAAGAAGAAACAAGUAUUUGUGCCUUACAGGGACUCAGUGUUGACUUGGUUGUUAAAAGAUAGCCUAGGAGGAAACUCUAAAACGAUAAUGAUUGCCACUAUUUCACCUGCUGAUGUCAAUUAUGGAGAAACUUUGAGUACACUUCGCUAUGCAAACAGAGCCAAAAACAUCAUCAACAAGCCUACUAUUAAUGAGGAUCCUAACGUCAAACUGAUCCGUGAGCUGAGAGCUGAAAUAGCCCGAUUAAAAACCCUGCUUGCUCAAGGGAAUCAGAUUGCACUCUUGGAUUCUCCGACAGCUUUAAGUAUGGAAGAAAAGCUUCAGCAGAAUGAAGCAAGGGUACAAGAACUGACCAAAGAGUGGACUAACAAGUGGAAUGAAACUCAAGAUAUUCUGAAAGAACAAACCUUGGCUCUGAGGAAAGAAGGGAUAGGUGUUGUGUUAGAUUCUGAACUGCCUCAUCUCAUUGGCAUUGAUGAUGAUCUUCUCAGUACUGGUAUCAUCUUGUACCACUUGAAGGAGGGCCAAACAUAUGUUGGCAGAGAGGAUGCUAUGACAGAACAGGAUAUUGUUCUUCAUGGCCUUGAUUUGGAAAGUGAGCACUGCAUCUUUGAAAAUCUCARUGGUACUGUGAACCUCAUCCCGCUGAAUGGAGCGCAGUGUUCCGUGAAUGGUAUUCAGAUUACAGAGCCCACACACCUCAACCAAGGUGCUGUUAUAUUACUUGGAAGAACCAACAUGUUUCGGUUUAACCACCCCAAAGAAGCUGCUAAACUAAGGGAGAAAAGAAAGAGUGGACUGCUAUCUUCCUUCAGCUUAUCUAUGACUGAUCUUUCUAAAUCUUGUGAGAACCUGUCAGCAGUUAUGCUUUAUAAUCCAGGGCUAGAAUUUGAGAGACAACAACGAGAGGAGCUUGAAAAACUAGAAAGUAAAAGGAAACAAAUAGAAGAAAUGGAAGAAAAACAAAAGUCUGACAAAGCAGAACUUGUAAGAAUGCAGCAAGAAGUAGAGUCGCAGCGCAAAGAGACAGAAAUAGUUCAGCUGCAAAUACGGAAACAGGAGGAGAGUCUGAAACAGAGAAGUGUUCAYAUUGAGAGCAGGUUAAAGGAUUUGCUGGCUGAAAAAGAAAAAUUUGAAGAAGAGAGAUUACGGGAACAACAGGAGAUAGAGCUUCAAAAGAAAAAGCAUCAGGAAGAAAUUUUUGCCCGGGUCAAAGAGGAGUUGCAGCGACUACAAGAACUUAAUCAUAAUGAAAAAGCAGAGAAAAUGCAGAUUUUUCGUGAACUAGAAAAACUMAAAAAGGAAAAAGAUGAGCAAUAUCUUAAGCUGGAAUCAGAAAAAAAGAGACUUGAAGAACAGGAAAGAGAACAGGUGAUGCUGGUGGCUCACCUAGAAGAACAGCUUCGAGAGAAGCAGGUCAUGAUAGAGCUCCUGAAGAGAGGGGAUUUGCAAAGGGUAGAAGAAGAGAGAAGAGAUCUUGAAGAUAUCAGAGAAUGUCUUUUAAAAGUCAAGGAAGCCCGAUCUGAAGGUGAUGAAAACCAUGAAGAGUUAGAAAAAGCACAGCAUGAUUUUGUUGAGUUUAAAAGGAAACAGCUGGAACAAUUGACUAUUUUGGAAAAAGACUUAGUUCAACAAAUGGAUCACCUAGAAAAGGAAAUAGCAGAUGAAAAAAGAGCUCUGAAGCACUUAAAAUUUGCACGUGAAGAACAUUUAAAUCUCAAGAGAGAUGAAGAAAACUUUAUGGAUGCCAUACUCAAAGCAGAAGAAGUUGACAAGAUAAAGCCAGCAGAAUGCAAGCUCCAAUCUAAAGUACGACAGCUUGAGUACCUAAAGAGUAAUCAUUUGCCAGCUCUGCUGGAGGAAAAACAAAGAGCUUCUGAAGUCCUUGAUAGGGGUUUGUUAGGGUUAGAUAAUACUCUCUAUCAAAUAGAGAAAGAAAUAGAAGAAAAAGAAGAGCAGCUUGCCCAGUAUAGGGCUAGCACAAAUCUGCUGCAGCAGCUUCAAGAAACAUUUGAAUUCACAGCCAAUGUAGCUCGGCAGGAGGAAAAGGUUCGGAAAAAGGAAAAGGAAAUCCUUGAAUCAAGGGAAAAGCAGCAGAGGGAGGCGCUGGAACAAGCUGUUGCUAAGUUAGAACGGAGACAUUCUGCUUUGCAGCGUCGUUCCACUAUAGACUUUGAAAUUGAAGAGCAGAAACAGAAGCUGGCCACCUUGAACAACAGCUGCAAUGAACAGGCAGGACUGCAGGCAAGUCUGGAAGCUGAGCAGAAAGCCCUUGAACAAGACCGAGAACGCCUGGACCAGGAAAUUCAGCAGCUGAAGCAAAAAAUAUACGAGGGCAACGGUGCUCAGAAAGGAAACCAUGGAAUAUUAGACGAGAGAUUCUCUCAUAGCACUUCCCCUGCCAGCUCAACAAAGCCACAACUACCUGCUGGCCCACUGGUUGAUGAUAGGAUAAAUGCCUUUAUUGAACAAGAAGUGCAGAGAAGGCUUCAGAAUAUUCAUCAUAAAACUGAGGAUGAUGAUGUUAGUGCAUCCUUCYCUGCAGAAAGUUUCAAGGAUAAUGAGAGGCAUMAUAACAGCACUAUUCAACGGAAGUUGAAGUAUGAGAAAAGUCAACAGUGGCAGCCACAGUAUGGCUUUCCAUUUCUGUCUAAAGAAGGCAUUUGUGCUUCUGAGCUGUGUGGAGAAAUAAGAGACCAUARGACACGGAAGGCAUAUACAGAGAUGCUGGAUUUAUUUUCCAGUUCUGGAAGACUCUCGUCCCCUUGUACAUCAGAGAAGGCAUUUCAGAAUGAAAGGAGUAACUCAGAACAGGAGAGCUUUGCUUGUCAUUGUGACAUUAAAAGUAGUUUAAUUCACUCUAAAAGUACUAAUACCUUAAAGAGUACGAAUGUUCCUUAUCAGAAUGUUUUGUCUCCUUAUUUACAUAGUUCUGACUUUAAUAAUGUGGCUUUUUCACUCCACGAGGUUGAAAAUUUCAAUCAUUUUGAUGGUAACAUAAUUACUUCUCCAGAUUGUGACAGCUYAAGAACUGAAUCCGAUUGUUCCCACUUGAAACAGCUGUCUCCUGCAGGAUCCUUAACGGGUGCUAAUAAGCAAACUGACUCAUGCCUUCUCUUUUCUCAGUCUAGUGUGCAUUCUGAAACAAAAACUUACAAAGAAAACAGCCCAUUAAACACAGUGCACAUGAUAAUUGAUGACCAAUCUAGUAAUUCUCAGCUUUCAACGCAGAAAUGCUCUGAUUUGGUUUCUUUUAAGUCAAUAGCUUCUUGUUUUGAUGAGAGACCAGAACACAGUUCCAGUCUGGGAUAUCUUUUCAGUAAGCUUUCCUGUUUUUAUAAAGAUACCARCAGUCAGCUGCUCAGCAGUGCGGUGAUUCCUAAACAAAUUAAGGAGUUGGGAAGUUUGUGUGACAGAAGUGAGACAUGUGCCCAAGCAGUAUCAUUAAUAAAAAAUCUGCCAUUUUUAAGAGACUUGAAAGUAGAUACGUUCCUCAAGUCAGGUAUGAAUCCAGACAUGUCCCACACUACUGAUGGUGCCAAAGGUCAUACUGAAAAUGUCCUUCAUCCUGAAUCCACAAUGUGCAUAAGCACAGAGAUCACUGAUGCCUUCGAGAGAAAGCCUGAAGGGUUUGCAUGCCGUUGGAAAAAUGAAGAGCUAGAAAACAGUUUUGUCUUAAGACAGAACUUUGUGCAUUUUCCUGAUAUCUUUUUGAAGCUUCAGGUCUGUUCUCUGGAAAAGGUACUGGAAUUUUUCAUCUGUGCUUUACCUCAAAUUUCUGUUAGGAUGGAGGAGUUGAAAGGUAUCUAUUGGCUCGCUGUUGGCAGUUGCAGAAAACCCAACCCAGAACCUGCUUGCUUGCUUUUGUUCAGUUCCAUUCUGUAUGUUGUUGUUUCGUCAGACAARCAAGAAGCCUGUCAGAAUUCCUUGGAAGUGUUUCAUGAAGUUCCUAUCAGCACUUUAAAGGAGAUUCAAGUUGGCUUUGCUGGACAGUAUCUUCGACUUCUGUAUUCUGCUGGUUUACUCACAAUAUUUACCUAUAACAAACACUUCACUCAAAGAAUUUGCAAUGACAUAAUAAGAAAUUUGAUUUUUACAGUGGAUGAUGAUGUUUGUUUAAAUCACCAGCUUUUGAAAGAUGACUUGAUGCAGAUUUCACUCAACUGGACUUCAGAUAUAAAUGAAUUAGUUUUUUCAAAUGGAGUACGAUUGUCCUGUAAGUUUGAAACUGAGUUAGCUGAUCUAGUUUACUUACUCCAUGAAAAUAUGGGAAGUAUUAAACCUUCAUUAGGUGAAAUUCAUGUGCUACUGUAUACAUCAGUGAAAGUAGACUGUGCUGAGCAGACUGUGCAUAGAAGUCUUGUUCUUACAACUACUCAUAUAGGUCUURUCAAGGAAAAUUAUGUCUUUUUUUCUGCACCUAACAUUUUGGAUGCUUCAUGCCAGCAAUCACAAUUUGACAGCCUUUGGUUGCACAGUUURAAUGACAUUCGAUGUGCAGUUUUGCCAGACAAAGAGAAUUACACAAAAAUUGAGCUUGUGUUUUCUAGAAGGAGCAAGGUUGGACCUGAUCCAACUGUUUUUUCUAAAUACUCUGAAAAAGAAAUAAAUACUCAGCUGACAGUCAUCCCAUCAGUUCUUCAAAGCAGUUUGCAUAUGCCUUCAGAAACCUGGAAAUUAACAUUCAGUACAGGUGAAGAAGCCAUUUGGCUAAUUACACAUUUGGCUAGGUCUUGAAAUCCGAAAUACUUUUCGAUAUGUUCAAAAUAAAAGGCUAAUGAAUAUUGAUAAAAUCCUUUUCUUUUUUUCUUUGUAUUCAGUAGAGAAAAAGGACCUUUGAGCUCUAGGGGAAUACCACAGACUGUGUACACCCAUCUAAGCAAUAAUAAUUAUUACUUGAGUGCUUGCAUUUUGUGAAUCUCUGAUAUGUUGUACAUACAAUCCUUGGGAAAGUGGGGAAAUGAAAUGYUUCUAUGUUAUAUGGUAGGUGGAUGAAAACUAUAAUUAAGGCUCUGUCUUCUGAUUUCCAUUUUGGCUGUGUUUUCUGGCUUCUUCCACAUACUGUCUUCAUUAGUGUCUUUUCUAUUCCUCCUCGAUUGUCUUUUCUUUAAUCUUUUUCAUUAUCUUUGUUUUUCAUGCUCCUCUUUUAUUUCAUGCCCUUGAUAUCAAUAUUUAAAAACAUCUGCAAUUUUUUUUUUAAAUCUUAUUUUCACUGUAUGGCUCUUAAUAGUACAGAUGUUUACAGCUUUUAUACAUGCAAUUUUGAGAAUAUUAGCAUUGACAAUUCUCUUCUGCUUCAGAGUUUUGCAUUUAAGUUUUUACUGCACUUUCAUAUCAAAAUUUGUCACUAGUGCAAAARGAAUUUUGCUUUAAAUAGCAUUUCAACUUUUGAUUAUGCUACUGUGGCAAGAUAAAUGUUUUGGGGUCUAUCAUCUGUGUGCAUGUUUCUCAUGCUGUAACUGGGUAGUUGACAACUGGGAACAGUGUCUGACAAAGGGAGUGAGUUUACCUCUAGAAUUCUGUCCAUCUAAUGUGCUUGGCCUUAUUUUUGUUUUCUGCUUGCUUAAUGAUGGGGUUGUUGAUGCUGUGAGAUUGUAUCUCUUACAGUCUUUUUAUUAGUACAGCCCAAGAAAAAAUAAAACUGUUGGGCAGUAGCAAAAGAUUUCCAUUUGUUGAGGCUCUCCUCUAGCUUAGGACAAGGAUUUUUUUUUUUACCUGUUACCCCUGUCAUUUGUCCAAACAAUAAAUAAGUUGUUGUCUCCUAUCUUUUGUAUCUUCUCUUGUAAGAAGAGUUGAAUAUCUUUGGAAUCCUGUUUCUUGAAUAUGCCAUCUGCCCUGUUUGAGGAAGAUGGCUCUUGGCAGCAAAAAACAGUGGUAUCUGAUCUGAAAUUCUAAAUUCUGUAAGCAURUUGCCAGCAGAGGUGAAAUCUUCUACUAGACAGAGUUAGACUUCAGUCUCCCUGCUAGUAUAAGAACAUUUCCCAUUUGUUUCUACCAUAUGCUAAGACAUGUUARUGUAACUCACAUGGGAUUUAAAAAGAAAUAGCUUGCUUUGGGUASAGCAGUUAUGUCUGGAAGGAUGAACUCUUGUUUAGAUAGAGAAUUAUGGGGGGUUUUAUCACUACAUUUCUWCUUCCUUAAGGAAGUCCAAAAAUGAGCAAAAUGUUUCAUGUUACUUUGAGGUAUUGUGGAGUUUUUUUGACAARAGAAUGUGUACAAAUGAGUAGACAGUGGGGUAUCCUCAUGUAAGUCCUGCUCAGGAGUGGCUCCCUCAUUGAYAUCACCAAGGCAUUUCUUCUGGGCCUUGCCCUAAGUCAGUAUUGAGUGGCACUGUUUGAGGGCACUGUCUUGAUCAAGGCUGUUAAAGGAAAACAAUCUCUGCAACCGAUUUAUUUUCUGAUUUUACUCUUAAAGUUAGAUGUUUGUGUGUCCUGUGUUUCCCAAUAAUAUUUUUCCCUCUUUUGUGCUUCUUAAAAAAAUGUAACUCAAUGAAUACUCUGCAUUUUUGUCAAAAAUAACAACUUAAUAGCAGUAUAUUUUAUUCUAAUAYUUCUAUUUUUACUAUGUAAAGCUAACAUAAAGACAAUUGUUUAUAAAUAUCAAAACAUUGUUUAAUGCAUUAGGGGGCAUUUUCCACAACAYCUUGUAUUUUGAGAUUGUUUUCCUCUCUAUUAGCUGUUUGUAAUAGUUCUCUGAAAAUGACUGUGAAUAAAUUACAUGUGGACAGAGGUGGCUUUAAGAGUAACUUUUAUUGUUGUUUUAAAAUAGAUGAUGUUGUUGGCAGGGCAAUGAACUUAAYUUCUCUUUUCCCCCAAGGAAAGAAUAUCUUACAUUUCAAUGCUCCAGGAAUGAGUUUUAGCUGAAAAGCCAGUUAAGUGGGGAGUAAUUAUAGAAGAACAAAAUAGACAGGAGACCAUUUUUUGUGAAAACAAAUGUCACUAAAAAUAUUUUUCCAUUCCAACAUAAACUUUUUUAUGGUUUCCUAAAAU